CUUUAAUCACGUUUAAUUCCUCGAAUCCAUAAUUUCUGUCUCCGAUUGCUACGAAAUUUGUCAAGUUUUUCAAUUACAGAAUGCUUUUUCUACUUUAAUUUUUAAUAAAUUCUUAAUAAAGUUUGGUAUAAAAUGUUUUAUAUUUAAUAGAUUUUAUAUUCAGUCAAUUAUUACUGUAUACAAUGCCGUCAAAAGCUGAAGACAUUCUUCAAGGAUUCAAAUUAAAUUGGAUGAAUCUACGAGAUGCUGAUUCUGGUAAAGUCUUAUGGCAAGGAUCAGAAGAUCUGUCUAAGCCUGAUGUUGAACAUGAAGCUCGUGUACCAAAGAAAAUUCUGAAAUGCCGUGCUGUUUCUCGGGAAAUAAACUUUUCUUCUAUUGAACCAAUGGAAAAAUUUCGUCUUGAGCAACGUGUGCUUUUUAAAGGAAGGUGCUUAGAAGAAUGGUUUUUUGACUUUGGUUUUGUGAUACCCAAUUCAACAAACACUUGGCAGUCAUUGAUUGAAGCUGCGCCUGAAUCCCAAAUGAUGCCAGCAAAUGUGUUAAAUGGUAAUGUCAUUAUUGAGACUAAGUUUUAUGAUGGUGACCUUCUAGUCAGCACUUCUAAAGUACGUCUAUUUUAUGUAUAAUUAAAGGGAAACUACACUUCUUUUCAUGCACCAGUUUUGUUCUUACAUGUCUUAUGUCCACAUUGAACAAAAUCACUGGAACAAUUAUACAAGAUCAUUUGUUUUUUUGAGAACUGAUAAAAUUCACUAGUAGUGAAGUAUCAUGCUUGUUAAUUUAUUUUAAUGAAUGCUUAUUGUGCAUUAGAAUGAAUGAAUGAAUUGUUAUUUGAAUCAAUAUAGUGAAAUUUUCUUUAUAUCGAUACAUGAAGACAUUGUUUCUACGGUGCUUUGUUAUAUAUAUAUUUUUUCUAUUUAAUUAGAAAACAAUUUUUGUACAGUGAAAUCUUGAUUAUCCAAACUCUUUUCAUAGACGAGCAAUUCUGUUGGCCAAAAUGGAUUUCCUAUUUAUUUAUUUUUUACGUGGUGAUUGCUGAUUUAUAUCAAUGCUCAUGUUUGAUGCAUGAUGUUUAAAAUUUGUAAGCAAACAGAAAAAUAAUUCAGCUGUGCAUU